AUUUAUGGUUAGAAUAUAGAUCACAUAUUUAAGAGGGACACACAAUAAAAUGUACCAACAUACAUUCUUACAUAAACGUUAUAGUAUAAAUUACAUGUUGGUAGCAAAAUUACAACAUUCCUAUGGCUACAAAAAUUUAUUUAACCGCACUCUAACAUUUUGGCAUUUUCAUUCUUGUCAACAUCAACAUUUAAAAAAAUUUAAAGUCACAAUGCAACAUACAUCAAAGCAUUAAUGUUUCACUUAAAAUGACUCGUAUGGUAGUCCAUCAUGCCAUCACCAGUACAAAGCAUUCACCAACACGCAAGAGCCGCUACAGUCCAAGUUGCUACAAACACUCAAAAAGAUAAAAAGCUAAGCGUACUAGAGUCCCACGGGUACUAUCUUGGGAAGACGAUUGGAACUGGUUCGUAUGCUACAGUUAGGGUAGCUAAUUCUGAAAGACAUGAAGGUAAUGUUGCUAUUAAGAUCGUCAGCAAAUUUUCAGCCCCUGCGGAUUAUUUGAAGAAAUUUUUACCCAGAGAAAUCGAAGUAGUUAAAGGUCUUCGUCAUCCGAAUUUGAUUCGAUUUUUACAAGCUAUAGAAACUACUCAUAGGGUGUAUAUAGUUAUGGAGUAUGCAGAAAACGGAAGUCUCUUAGACAUUAUAAGAAAAGAUGGGUAUAUCGAUGAACCACGAGCUAGAAAAUGGUUCAGACAGUUGGUGGACGCUGUAGAUUAUUGCCACGAGAGAGGAGUAGUCCACAGAGACAUCAAAUGCGAAAAUAUGUUAAUGGACCACGGUUGGAAUUUAAAAUUAUCAGAUUUUGGAUUCGCCAGGGGUAAUCUUAAAGGCAAAAAUGGCCAAAAUGUCCUCAGCGAAACCUAUUGCGGAAGCUAUGCGUAUGCGUCACCGGAGAUUCUACGGGGAAUCCCUUACCAACCUCAGUAUGCCGAUAUAUGGUCAAUGGGAGUCGUACUGUUUGCCAUGGUAUACGGAAGGUUACCUUUCGAUGAUAGUAAUUACAGGGAAUUGAUCAAGCAGGUGUCUAAUAAAGUAAAUUUUCCCAGAGAUCCUAGGAUAUCAAAUAAUUGUAAAUCAUUAGUAAAUAAAAUACUCGCUCCUCUAAAAUCCAGAAUUCGAAUCACUGGAAUUAGAGUCGAUACUUGGUUUACUCACGAUUUGGCUGGCACCAGCAAAGAAAGAGCAGCCGACGAAGUAUUAUCCAUGGAUGAAGACAGAAAACUGUCCAUUCCUAGCAAAGACAUCAUGCCAGCCGCCUUAAUAACCAAACCCUUAUUGCAAGCCGCUUCAAGAGCCAAAGACAAAACGAGAAGAAGUACGCUCGAAGAAACACCGCUCGUGUCUAAAGAGUUUAGUGAAAACGAUUCGGAAACUGCAUCUUUGAGCACGCAAUCAAAGAAAAGUGACAAACCUGUGAAGAAAGAUGACAAAGGAAAACCAUUAGAAAACAUUGAAGAAGAAAAGAAACGAUAACAUUGCUUUCAGAUAAAUUAUGUGCAAAAUUUUCUAAGAAAUAAAUGUUCUUUUAUAAUGUA